AUGACCUCCUCUGAACGUCAGCAACAAUUGAAUAAGUUUCUUGGUCCCGAGUACAUCAAGUUCCGAAAUACUGGGUAUACUGAAGAGGCCUAUGUUGAGGGCUGGGCCAUUAUUCAAGUGGCUAACAGAAUCUUUGGAUUCGAUGGAUGGUCUUCAGAGAUUAAAAAGAUAGAUGUACUAGCUAUCGAAGAAUAUCCCGAUGAGCGAUACACAGUUACAGUUAGUGCGAUUGCCCGAGUUAUACUUAAAGAUGGAACGUACCGUGAAGAUAUGGGAGUUGGAUCCGCCGAGAGAAUCAAAGGCAAAGGCAAAGCCUUCAAACAAGCCCACAAGUCGGCGAUCACUGAUAGUCUUAAACGAGCCCUCAGACAAUUUGGAACAGCUCUAGGCAGCUGCUGCUAUGAUAAGCACUAUGCAUCUGCCAUCAAGAAAAUCAAGCCCAAUCCACAAACCGCCCUAGAUGAGAAUAACUUAAUUAGACCCAACCGCCCCCUAUCUACUCCGUCUAGUUCUACUAUCUCUACUAUCUCUACUUCCCCCAAAUCAACCACCACACCAACUCCUAAUAUCAUCCCUAAACCCAAACCCAAACCCAUUAUUCCUAUUACUCCUCAUACCACACCCAACCAUACCACCACCAACCAUACCACACCCACUACUAACACUAACACUAACACCAACCCAACAUCUAACAUUCCUACCAAUACAAACCCAAUUCCUACCAAUACAAACCCAAUUCCUACCAACCCAAUACUAACCUCUACCAAGCCAACCCACCCCAACCCAAUCACUACUAAUUCCAAGCAAAAGCUUCCUACCCCAACUACUAACCCAGUCAUUCCUUCUAUUGAUGAUCUCUUAUCAUCUGAUCUCUAA